AUGAUCCCCUCUCACCCCACGGCGUCUUCCUUCCUGGCUGUUGUGAUGCAACGCUUGAAAGCGCUUUGCGUAUUCGGACUCGCAAACUUUGACAGCUACUGUCGAGUUUCCGGUGAUUGCGCGGGUGAAUGGAUUGGAUGGGGAACGGGCAACGAAGACCUCCCUGUGCGCGGCGUGGCUCCCAACCACUGGGAGUUCAGGUCCUUGGAUACCACGGCAAACGUGUACCUCUUUGCUGCUGCACUCAUCUACGCUGGUACCGCAGGAAUCAAAGACGAGGCAGCGCUAGUCCAUACGGACUGCCAAGUGGUGCCGUCAGCGCUCACCUCAGAGGAAACAGAGAAGCAGCUGCUGCCAUUUGGUAUCACUGAUCGCAUGCUGAGAUGCUCCAUUGGCUCAACGCUGACCAAGCACUACAUGGACGUCAAGGAGAGAGAGGUCGGUUAUUUUGUCCAAAUGACUGAUGAGGAACGCCAGCUGAAAUUUCUCGACUAUUCCUAG